UUAUCGGAAUGGCCGCGUUCACGUUUGCGCCCAGCAGCGCUGUUGUGUCGCGCAUAGAGUCGCUCGCCGAGUCGCUGGUCACUGAGCUCGCCGAGGGCCGCCUGCCGCCGCUGCGCCUGCCCUCCACCGCCUCCUCCGCCUCGGCGGCGACCACCUUCGUCGCUGCUGCUGCUGCUGGUGCAGGAGCGGACGGGGCAGCGGAGCCCGAAGCUGCAGCGGCUGCAACACGGGGAGGCGGCGGCAGCAGCAGCAGCCGGCGCCGGGCCGUGCCGGAACGUGCCACCCCCGUACCCGCGGGUCCGGGCCCGGGGCGGGGGCAGCAGGUGGGGGUUGGCGGGGCCGUUCCCGAGUAUGCCGGAGACGAGGAGGAGGAGGAGGAGGGCGGCUGGGCGGGCGGCGGCAGCAACGAGCGCUCACUGCUGGGGAGCCAGGGCGCGGGGGCGCUGGCGUAUGCGCGAGUGGUGGUGGUGCUGGACGCCGUACACAACCUCCUGCGCCAGGGCCGCACCGCCACACAGCGGGAGCUGUACUACACGUUGCUGCGGCCUCCGCUGUUCGCCAGUGUGCGGGACGUCAACGCCGCUGUGUCCGACGUGGCGGCGCUGCUGGCGGUGCCGCGGGCGGGGCUGGGCCUGAGCGCCUCGGGCCGCGGGGCGGUGGCGGGCCGCCUGCUGCUGCGGGAGGGGCCGGCGGCGCCCUGGCUGGACUGCUCAACCGCCGGCCCCGCCGGCCGUCCCCUGCCCGGCGACCUAACCGCCAUCGGGCGCCUGGGGCUGCAGCUGACGGCGGGGUACGGCGGCGGCGGCGGAGCUGCUGCAGGCCCUGCUACAGCCUCUGUCGCCGCGGCUGCUACAGCCGCCGCUGCUACAGCCGGUGGGGGCUCGGGCUCGGGCUCGGGGUCGGGGGUGUACCUGGUGGUCGUGGAGAAGGACGCGGUGUUCCAACGCCUGGCGGAGGACCGGCUGUGGGAGCAGCUGCCGUGUGUGCUGGUCACGGCCAAGGGGGUCCCGGACAUCGCCACGCGCGCCUUCGCGGCACGGCUGGCGGCAACAUUCCCAGGCAUGCAGCCCGUGGGCCUUGUGGACUUCAACCCGGCGGGGGUGGUCAUCCUGGCUACCUACAAGUACGGCAGCGACCGCAUGGGGCCGGAGGGACGAGCCCACCCGCUGCCGCGGCUGCGCUGGCUGGGUGUUCGCGGGCGCCACCUGGCGGGGGUGGGCGAGGCGCACCUGCAGCGCCUCACAGCCCGCGACACGGCGCUCAUCAGGAGUCUGCGGGAGCGGCUGUCCGCCGCGGAGCCGGGCUGGGUGGCUGAGCUGGACGCCAUGGAGCAGGCGGGCUACAAGGGCGACAUCGAGGCGCUCUACCACGCAGCUGGCGGCGACACCGGCGGCGAGGGUGGCGGAAGUGAUCAUGGCGGAAGUGGGGAAGAAGGUGCGGGAGCCGGCAGAGGUGGCGGUGGCGGUGGCGGUGGAGACGGAGGUGGAGUCGGGUGCGGGGGCGGGGGUGGGGGCGGGGGCUAUGGCGCGCUGCGGGAUCUGCUGCUGCGGGCGGUGCUUCAGCGCGACAUGGUGUGAGGGCGGGAUGGGAGUGUGUGUGUAUGGUGUGUAUGGUGUGUAUGAAUGUAUGGGUGUAUGAAUGUAUGGUUUGUAUGUCAGUCAGUCAGUGGGUAUGGGAGAGCGGCUUUGAGCGUGUGUGAGAAAGUGUUUGGUGUGUGGGGCUGGCUGCUGGCAGCAGGCGAUGUGUUGGGUGCGGCGGUAAAUGGCGGUUUAGAGGCAGCCGGUGUGGUGUCACAUACGCGGUUGUAAAAGUAGGGGAAGGGAAAUCAGAGGAAAUCCUGCGGGAUGUACGGAGACAGAAGGAUUGCAGGGCAAACACUGGCCUUCGGGCGCCUCGGCAAUGCCGUGUCGUGGACAUAAUGAAGAUUGCAC